ACACACACACACACACACAAACAGUUACAGGUUGAUACGGAGGGCAGCAGUUCACAGGCAACAGGUGGUGGACAGUUAUUUGUCUGAGUGCUUAUUUACUUUUUUCAGUUCUUUGUUUUACUUUACGUUAACUGAUCUGCAAGAUGUCAGGACUGAACAGUGACCAGCUCCACCGAUCCACAUUGGGAAUAUAUAUGACGCUAAUGGACCAGUUCAAUCCCAGCCUGCAGAGGCUGGUGGCACUAGGGAAUAACUACAUUCAGGCUUUCCAAGCUCUGGCUACAACCAGCGAAGCCUACUUUAGUGCUCUCGGGAAGAUUGGUGAACAGGCCAUGCAGACAAUGUCAUCCCGUUUAAUAGGUGACAUACUGAUACAGAUUUCUGAGAGUCAGAGAAGACUUACCAGUGAACUGGCAGGGGUGUUUCACUGGUUCCACAGUGAAGUCCUCCGGGAAAUGGAAAACAACAGCAGGCUGGAUAAAGACUAUAUAUUUGACAGUAGAAGGCAAUAUGAGAUGGAGGUGAGGAACCAGGCAAUGGCCCUGGAGAGACAGCUGAGGAGAGGGGCUUUUCAGGAUGGUAAUGAAUAUGUGCAGUUCCUGAAGGAAAGCCACAGAGAGGCCCUGAAUGAACAGGAGAGAAGAUAUCGCUUUCUGGCUGAGAAACACUGCGGACUCACUCAAUCCAUUGUAUAUAUCAUGAAUAAGACAGGGAACUCCCUACAGCAGAGAUCAGAGGGUUGGAGAGAGCAGGUGAAUCAUACACGGGGCUCUACAUCCCGUCCAGGCUCUGCAUCCAGAUCAGAUGACUUGAUGGGGGAUGAUCAAAAUCAAGCGUGGGCAGAACAGGCUCUAGGCAGAGUGCCCUCCAGAGGACCAUCCCCCCAACCGAUUAGAUCCCGCUCCAGCUCACUUGGGGAAAUUCGUGGAUCAGGUGGUGGUAGGAUGAUGCGAGCAUUGGUGCCACACCACGCUAAUUCUAAUUCCACCCUCUUGCCAUUCUCCAAAGGAGAAACCAUUACAGUACUCGUGCCAGAGCCCCGAAAUGGCUGGCUGUAUGGUUGCACUGAGAGUUCAGCCCGUCAAGGCUGGUUUCCAGCUGCAUAUGUUGCUUCAAUGGAAGACACAUCCCGACCGCCCGACCUCAGCGGUGGCUUCCUUAGAAGCAGCAGUAGCAUGAGCAACCUUCUUGACCAAUCAUCUAGCAACAAAACAAAUGCACCUCCACCUCCUCCACCGCCUCCUUCAGGCAAAGCGAGCAACUCACGCUCAAUCACACCCACUUCUUCUGAAAACAAACAGAGGUACUGUGGCAAAGUUCUUUUCUCCAUGACGCCUCAGCCGUCAUUCUGGUGGAUGCAGGGGGACAGCUCCAGCUGCUGAGGAAACAUGACGACUACGGCCCUCGACCAGAACUAUUCCCGAGAGGUACAAACCCUUUCGCGACGGUGAAGCUGAAACCCACCAAAACCAACGACAGAUCAGCUCCACGCGUAUGAGAGACAUGGAAACACGGCUCCCUCAGAGUGCAGCACAUCAUAACUCUACUGCAGACUGAGCAGCUGUAAUCAGAUGUUGCUUGCUCGUAUUCCAGCUGGUCUACUGAGAGGAAAACUACAGUGAAGAUUUUUGCUAGCUCAGGAUAUAAGCUAUAAAUUCUUACUGUAUUUACAGAGAAAGAAUGACAGAUUGAAAUCGGAGAUUAGGUUCAGAGGCAAUUAUGUAACCUGGUUUUUAUUCUCAGCCUUUCUUUUUCUGUCAAAUAUUAUUUAAUUGAUUUGGUUAUUGCUUGUGGUGUACAUACGAGUUCAGUAAACCAUAUAACUUUAUAGUCUUUUGUUUAAUAUAAAAUACAUUAAGUGUGUACAUCCUUCGGGUUUAAUAGUGAUGGUAAGGGUAACCGUUUCUAUGGUAACAAUUCAUUCACAUGGAUUUGUAUAUUGGAUGAGCUACAUAAUCUAAGACUAAUAAUGAAUAGAUUAAAAUGUGUUGUUAGUGAACAAAAAAUUUUUGAUAUGGUAAAGGUUUGUGUAUGGAGACUUACGGAAGGAGGCUUAUGGGAGUUUUCCACAUGACUUUUUUCCCCAAAUGUCAGGAAAGAAAGAGAGGGAACACCUGUUUAGAGUUUUUAUUAUAAUGACAGUGAUAACAGAAGAACAGAAACCUGAGUAAUAAAGCCCUUUGGGACAUGCUGAUAUGGGAAAAUAAUCCACUCAUGUUUUAUUUCUUACUUGAUAGCCACUGAGUCAUUACAUGAAUGCCUGUAGUUCAUCUGUAUUAUAAGUCCUUGACUUCCUUAUUAAAAUAGUCCCUUCAUUAUCAUUUCCCUUGUGCAAUUAAAUUUGAAUGUCUGAUAUUCUAACAACAGUGUCAUUAACAGAAAGUUAAUAAUUGAGCUUGUAUUUAACCAAAUGCUGUAAGCGUACGCAAAUGUAAGCUACGGUCAGCACCAUUUCAUAAUAGUGUUAUUUUUCCUUUGUGUGUGGGUGUAAACAUUUGUGUUUUUGUUUGUAAUAUAUCUGAGCCAUUACUGACAAAACUAGCUUUCCGUAGGAUAAAUUCUGACAGGAUUUGUGAGUCAAAUUCAUAAAUGUAAAUACUACAUCCUGGUAAUGCUAGCUGGCUAGGUGGCUAACAUGACAAGAUGCUGACCGGAUUUUUAAGUUAAAAGAAAUGUUUAUAAUCAUAACAUGAUUAACUUGAGAAAGUCAUUCUUAAAUGUUCAUAACAUAGCUAACAUCAGCUAGCAGGUUGAGCUGACAGAAUUGGUUGUAAGUCACUAUUAAAUGUUUAUAAGUGUCAGAUCGAAUACUAGCUAGCUAACAGAAGUCGACAAGAUAUCUAAGGGUUUUUGAGUUAUUCUUGAAUGUUCAUAUCAUGAGCUAACAAGUUUUAUUCAAAAUAAAGACUUAUAGUUAAACAAA